AUGUAAGAUAAGAUUUUUCUUAAGUGACUCGGACGCAGGCAAAUGAUGAUAACAACAAGCAAGUAGCAAGUCAGUUCUUGUCCAUCGUUUGAGGUGCGCGCGCGUCUGUUACAAGAUGGCUCGCGUUCUCUUCCUAGUUCCCUUAUACGCCCUAGCGGCGGUGGGCAUCUACUACAUGUUCCUGAAGAAACCUCCACCCGUUCCUGAGAUAGACCUAAACACUUGGUGGGGACCAAACGAGCUGAAGGGCAAGCAGGACACGAGUAUCAGGCCGUUCAAGGUCACGUUUACUGAAUCGAUGAUCAAAGACCUGAAAGAGCGCCUCAAGAACCAUCGCAAGUGGACCCCUCCGCUGGAGAACAUCGGCUUCGAAUACGGCUUCAACAGCAAGCAGCUGGACAGCUGGGUCUCGUACUGGGCAGAAAAGUAUAACUUCCAGGAGAGGGAGAAGUUCUUCAACAAGUUCCCUCACUACAAGACCAAUAUCCAGGGGCUGGAUAUACAUUUCAUUAGGAUUAAGCCUCAGGUCCCAGCAGGAGUAGAAGUCAUCCCGGUGCUGUUUAUGCACGGCUGGCCAGGGUCAGUGAGGGAGUUCUACGAGGCGCUGCCUCUCCUGACGGCCGUCAGCAAGGACCGAGACUUCGCCAUCGAGGCUAUCGUGCCCAGUCUGCCAGGUUACGGGUUCUCUGAUGGUGCAGUCCGUCCAGGACUUUCGGCCACUGAAGUGUCAGUGGUGUUCAGGAACCUAAUGCACCGGCUCGGCUUCAAGAAGUUCUACGCCCAGGGUGGAGACUGGGGUAGCGCGAUCGGCACUAGUAUGGUUACGUUGUUCCCUGAUGAGGUGCUCGGCUGGCAUACGAACUUCGCCAUGAUCCAAUCCCCUUACGCCACCGCGCAAAUGCUCCUGGGCUCCGUCUUCCCCUCCCUGGUGGUGGAACCUCACCUGGCCGAACGUUUGUAUCCGCUCGGGAAGACUUUCUCGUACAUAAUUGAGGAGUCGGGAUACAUGCAUAUUCAGUCCACUAAACCGGAUACUGUUGGUGUAGCACUUUCCGACUCCCCCUCCGGUCUCAUGGCCUACAUUCUCGAGAAAUUCUCCACUUGGACCAACCCCAACUGGAAAACUCGCGCCGACGGUGGUCUCGAAGAGCGCUUCACCCGAGACCGGCUUAUUGAUAACCUGAUGGUGUACUGGUCUACAAACUCCAUUACUACGUCUAUGAGGCUAUAUGCUGAGAGCUUUGGGAACGAAAUGAGACACACCCUUGACAAAAUCCCGACAUUCGUGCCCACGUGGAUCCUCCAAGCCAGACACGAACUUGUGUACCAACCACCUGCCAUCCUCAAGGAGAAGUUCCCCAACACCAUCGGUGUAACGGUUCUUAACGACGGCGGACAUUUCAUCGCUUUCGAGAUGCCGGAAACUCUGGCCGCGGAUGUAUUGAAGGCGAUCAGCGCCUUUAGGAGAUUGGACAGGAGCAAGUUGAAGACUGAGUUGUAAAUAAAGCUUUAUACUUUUGUA